AUGUCGUCAGGAAUCCCUCUCGGAAUCACGUCUGAAGACUCUUAUAUAGUCCUCCAGGGCAGUCAAGGCGAAGGCAACGGACAUUAUACCAACGGGGCAGUCAUUCACCAUCGACAAGUCACCAUGACCCACCCACGCGCUCCCUUCCAUCGACCCGCGCAGAAACCUGAGGAAGGGGUGACAUCGUUCUCCAACCGACCCUAUAAGAGCGAAGCACUCCUUCAGCAUGUCCAAUCCAACAUAGCCCGCCCACUCGCAUAUCGACCGCGGGAAAGACCUUCAGAUGUGACUUGGCGUGCGGUCAUCGUCGCUGUGGUGGGUGCCGCAAAGAAAAGCACCGACAGCCUAGUUUCUGAGCGUCGGCUUGACAGUCUUAAGGUCCCGAUCGUUGUCCAGAUCAAACCUAUCUUUUCAAUUUUGGUGUCAUUGAAUUAG